GACAAGAAGAGACCAGCCAAACUCACACAUCUCUCUCACAUCUUUCUUUCUUCUUCUUGCCUGUCCCUCACUCCCACUUUCCGAUCACCGACGCUUCAAUUAAUCACUGAACACGAAGUAUAUUCUCCACCGAAGAGCAUUUUCACAAUCUUCCAGAGCACCAUGGGUCGCUGCAUCUAUGGUUGCUCCGCUGUUACUUUCUUCUUCCUCCUCGUCACUGCAUCGUCUCUCGAACCGGGCCACCACAACAAAACCGGGUCUGGUCAGAUAAACUCAAACUCAGUCCUCGUCGCUCUCCUCGACUCUCAUUACACCGAGCUCGCGGAGCUCGUCGAGAAAGCUCUCCUCCUCCAGAAACUCGAAGACGCCGUGGGCCGUCACAAUAUUACCAUUUUCGCCCCUCGCAACGAAGCUCUGGAGCGCGACCUCGACCCGGAUUUCAAACGGUUCUUGCUCCAACCAGGUAACCUCAAAUCCCUCCAGACGCUGCUCUUGUCACACAUUGUCCCCACCCGAGUCGGAUCCAACCAAUGGCCCGAGGAGAACUCGGGUCGGGUCAAGCACCUCACGCUAGGGAGCGACCAAGUGCUGCAUUUGAGCAAAACCAAAGGAAACGGGAAGAGGCUAGUGAACUCCGCCGUGAUCACCCGACCCGAUGAUUUGACCCGACCCGACGGGUUGAUCCACGGGAUCGAACGGCUUUUAAUCCCCCGCUCCGUCCAAGAAGAUUUCAACCGGCGGCGAAACCUCCGAUCGAUCUCCGCCGUGUUACCCGAAGGAGCUCCGGAGGUCGACCCGAGAACUAACCGUCUCAAGAAAUCCGCCGCCGCCGCCGCGGUUCCCGCCGGAUCCCCGCCGGUGCUCCCGAUCCAAUCCGCCAUAGCUCCAGGUCCGUCGCUAGCUCCGGCACCGGCUCCGGGACCCGGAGGUCCACGUCACCACUUCAACGGCGAGGCUCAGGUCAAAGAUUUCAUCCACACGCUGUUGCAUUACGGCGGAUACAACGAGAUGGCGGAUAUUCUCGUGAAUCUGACGUCGCUCGCGACGGAGAUGGGACGAUUGGUAUCGGAAGGUUACGUUCUCACGGUGUUGGCUCCGAACGACGAAGCAAUGGCGAAGCUGACGACGGAUCAGCUGAGCGAGCCCGGAGCUCCGGAGCAGAUCGUGUACUACCACAUUAUACCGGAGUAUCAGACGGAGGAGAGUAUGUAUAAUUCGGUUAGGAGGUUUGGGAAGGUGAACUAUGAAACGCUGCGUUUUCCUCAUAAGGUUGCGGCGAAGGAAGCUGAUGGUUCGGUUAAGUUCGGUUCUGGUGACCGGUCUGCGUACCUGUUUGAUCCGGAUAUUUACACGGACGGUCGGAUUUCGGUUCAAGGGAUUGAUGGUGUUUUGUUCCCUGAGGAGGAAGGGACGGUUAAGAAACAGACUAGUCCGGUUAAGAAAGUUGUUCAACCAAGAAGAGGGAAGUUGCUGGAAGUAGCAUGUCGAAUGCUUGGAGCUAUUGGCAAAGACUCGUAUUUAAGCACAUGCUGAUGAAUUCACAAACAAGAAGAGAUUAUUAAAAGACAAAUCUCUGAAGAAUAUCUGUAAACACGCACAAAAGGUUAUGAUUCGCAUGUUCUUAGAGAAGAAUGAAGGCUUGGAAGAGAAGGAAAGAAAACGAGGAACAUCAUCAUCAGCAAUGUUCAAAUCAUUCUUCAAAGGAAUAUGAAAAGAGGGUUUGUUGGGUUUUUCUAUAAAUAUAUUAAAAAAAUAUUUUUGGGCAGGUUGGUUUUUGGGUUAUAAAAAUUGUAAUUAGAUUAUAUGAACUCUCAAUUUUUUAAUUGAUUUGUGGUGUAUGGAAAAAAUAAAUCAUAAAGUGGGAAACAAAAGAAAAAGACUUGAGAACCCACUACCAUCUUUUCUUCAGUA